GUUAUGGUCCUGUCAGGGCGCCGGCGUCGUGGUUCCUGGGCGGUCGCCGCCGAGGACACUUCGGUGGGGACCUUUGGGGGAUAGCUUCGUGGCUAGCUGCGUUCGUCUCCGGCCUUGCUCCCAGCCUGCAUCUCCCGGUUCGCGGGUCCCACCGUAGGGCGCGGGUGCGGGUCGGCGGCGCGGCGGCCUUGGGGCCUGGGCCCAGCCGCAGCCUCCUCCUCCGCCGCGGGCUCGAAGGGGCCACGAGAUGCAGCCGCCGGGCCCGCCCCCGGCGUAUACCCCCACUAACGGGGACUUCACCUUUGUCUCCUCAGCAGACGCGGAAGAUCUCAGUGGUUCAAUAGCACCCCCAGAUGUCAAGUUAAACCUUGGUGGAGAUUUUAUCAAAGAAUCUACAGCCACAACAUUUCUGAGACAAAGAGGAUAUGGCUGGCUUUUGGAAGUUGAAGAUGAUGACCCUGAAGAUAACAAGCCACUCCUGGAAGAAUUGGAUAUUGAUCUAAAGGAUAUUUACUACAAAAUUCGAUGUGUUUUGAUGCCAAUGCCAUCACUUGGUUUUAAUAGACAAGUGGUGAGAGACAAUCCUGACUUCUGGGGUCCUCUGGCUGUUGUUCUUUUCUUUUCCAUGAUAUCAUUAUAUGGACAGUUUAGGGUGGUCUCAUGGAUUAUAACCAUUUGGAUAUUUGGUUCACUAACGAUUUUCUUACUGGCUAGAGUUCUUGGUGGAGAAGUUGCAUAUGGCCAAGUUCUUGGAGUUAUAGGAUAUUCAUUACUUCCUCUCAUUGUAAUAGCCCCUAUACUUUUGGUGGUUGGAUCAUUUGAAGUCGUGUCUACACUUAUAAAACUCUUUGGUGUGUUUUGGGCUGCCUACAGUGCUGCUUCAUUGUUAGUGGGUGAAGAAUUCAAGACCAAAAAGCCUCUCCUGAUUUAUCCAAUCUUUUUAUUAUACAUUUAUUUUUUGUCCUUAUAUACUGGGGUGUGAUCUAAAUCAUAUAUAAGUAGAAAAAGACAAUGUUACAUUUCUGUGUAGGCUGGAAAUUCUUGCUUGAGGAUAUUAAAAAAACCCUGUUGACGGUAAAAUUUUACAUGUUCAGAUGUAAAGGCAGUUUCAGGUCUUUUUAAAACAGUUUUUUUUUGUAUUUAAGCAGUUGGAGUUAUCUGAAUAUUUUUGGUCAGAAUUCUGAAUUCUGUUUGAUUCUUCAUAUUCCAGUGAAUAAAAUAUAAAAGCAUUG